AUUGUCCGUGCACUGAAUCAAUGGUGGGGCCUAGGACCCUGCCUGCUCAAUGGUUCCCAGGCAAACGCUGCGGGGAAAAAUCUUGCUUGGCGUCUUUGGUGACUCUAGCUACGAACUAAAAUAUCACUAAUUUUCGUCCGCUGACCUCAUGCUCUGAAGUCAAUUCUUUUCUCGUUGAACCUCUUGAUCUCUGUUUGAUUCUUAUACAUCCCGCUUUCGUUCUUUUGCAUCUCACUCCUUGUUGGUGACCCCGGCACUUGGUUGCUGCCAUGAGCCGGAGCAAUUGACAGUUACUCUACAAAAUUUGAGACAUUGGUCAACAUGGGGGCCUCGCUAUCCGCCCUGGGAACGAACGGCACCAACAUCGGUCCGGGCCUUGGGGACAUUCCCGAGAGCUGCGUGGCCUGUGUUUUUCUGUAUUUGACUCCGCCGGAAAUAUGCAAUUUGGCGCGCCUGAAUCGAGCUUUCCGUGGUGCGGCGUCUGCUGAUUCCGUGUGGGAAGCAAAGUUGCCCCCUAAUUAUCAACAUCUGCUGGAUUUAAUGCCUCCCGAAAGGUACAAGAAUUUAUCCAAGAAGGACAUAUUUGCGCUACUGUCUCGACCAGUGCCAUUCGACGAUGGCAAUAAGGAAGUUUGGCUGGACAGGGUCACGGGGAAAGUUUGCAUGUCCAUAUCGGCGAAAGCAACGGCGAUUACUGGAAUUGAUGAUCGCAGAUACUGGAAUUGGAUUCCCACAAAAGAAUCUAGGUUCCAAACUGUGGCUUAUUUGCAACAAAUAUGGUGGUUUGAAGUGGAUGGUGAUGUGAAGUUUCCCUUUCCUGCUGACGUUUAUACUGUCUGCUUCAGGCUCCACCUUGGAAAAUUUUCCAGAAGGCUUGGAAGGCGAGUAUGCAAUUACGAGCACACCCAUGGUUGGGAUAUAAAACCAGUGAAAUUUGAGUUGUCAACUUCAGAUGGCCAGGAAGCGUCGGGUGAGCACUGUUUGGAUGAAACAGAGUGUGUUGAUGCAUACGGCAACCAUAAGCGGGGAUGCUGGGUGAAUUACAAGGUGGGCGAAUUUGUUGUCAGUGGAAUUGAACCUACCACUGAAGUCAGGUUCUCCAUGAAGCAGAUCGAUUGUACGCAUUCCAAAGGUGGGCUUUGUGUAGAUUCGGUAUUUAUUAUUCCUAGUAAUUUGAAGGAACGCUAGAGAAAAGGCAUUUUGAAGCAGCCGCGCAUAGAGGGGUUCCUUUUGGCGAUGUUAGAUGUCUCGUAAUACUGUGCCCAGAUCAUCUAUCAUACAUUUUACACAGUCUACUUUCCAAGAAGAGUGAGAAUUUGGAGGAUGUCGUCUUUCACCGAGAGUUAUUUUAUGUAUUUAUUUAUUUUGGUUGGCCUGUUUAGCUGUUUUCAUGUUUUUUACACCUUUGUCCGUUGAGCCAAGUUAAGCUAUAGAAAAGGAACCCAAAAAACAAAAAAGUGUACUUGUUUUUUUUUUUAAAAAAAUAGGUUGUUAGUUAUUACAUGUUUAUUAUCAUUGUAAUAUAAUUGUAGUUAUCUCUUUUUAUCAAGGAGCGCUUCUCUAAUUUUAUAUAUAAGUCACUUCUGGUUA